CUCAAUAGAGAAAUGAUCUCUAGAGUUUUGUCUACAGACUGGCUUAUUUCUUUGAGAUUUGAGCAAUACCUUUCUUCAGACUUCUCCAGCAUUUGGUUGUGCCUUGUUUCCAUCUGCUCUAUUUCUUGCCUAAAAGAGGCAUGCUGAGACUCUAGGGCUAACUCAAUCAACCCUUGGACCUUCUUUGUCCAGGCUUCUGGUAUAUCAUCCGGAAAGGUGAAUGCGGAAGAGCUGUGAAAAUGAAAGUUUGUUACCUGAUUUGAUGAAGGUAUUCCAUGGAAGAGUUGUAGAGGGAGGGAUUCAGCAUCUUCUCCUUGCUCAGCUUCUUCCUCAUCAAUCUUCAGGAAAUUGGAGAAGAAAAAAAGAAAUUGACAAAUAUAGGGUUACCAAUUUGUUGAAGAAGAUGAACAAAUUGAAGAAUUGGAGCUUGAAGGAAUCACCACUAGUCGCUCAAGCAGCUGCUGACCACCGCCGUCGUUGUCGCCGGCCAGACUCGCCGGUCGCCGCCAUAGCAGCGGCCAAGCCGCUGCUCUCUGAAUUUUUUUCUGUGUGAAUUCCCCUUCGUUGUUCCCCCCCUUUCUUGUGUCUUGCGCUGCUCCAAUUUAUAGUCCGAGCCUUUCUUCCUGUUGAGAAUUUCUUUCCGUUGCUGCAUUGAGUGAGGAGCGAAGAAGAAGGAGAGGCGUUGGAGCGUGUAUAUCCGUUCUUGCGUUCGAAGAGGAAGUCGCAAAAGAAGGAGCCGCUGACAUCUCUUUUCAUUCUCUUUCUUGUGCGAAUCAGGAAAGUAAUGGAUGCAAUGGUCUGGUUAACUUGUUUAUUUGAUGAUGGGUUUGGACUCUAGCCCAAAUUCAAUAUCUUCUUCCCAAACUUGAACUUCGUUUUGGCCUUUUGCUACAUUUUUCUCCAAAAGAAUAAGAUAUCUAAUAAUUUGGGUUAGAAAAAAUAAAAUAAAAAUAAAAGAAUGUAAAAAAUGAUUAAAAAACUACUAUUUAUGAAAGAAAAAUAAAAGAUUGUAAAAAUGAGAAUUAAAAUAAAACUAAACUAAUGAACUAAAAAUUAAACACUAAAAAUAUUAAAAAUGCCUAAAAAAGAAUAAAAAGAACUAACCCAAAAACGACUUAUCAAAUACCCCCACACUUAAGACUUGAACGUCCUCGUUCAAAAGACCAAAAGAAACCAAACUUUUUAUCAACGUCAAGAAAAACAAAGUGCACCUUACACACCCACACUUAAGGCUUUAUGCCUAGAGCAUUUUUCAGAACAAAGUGAGCUACAAAUCUUAUAAAGAUGGAGAUCUAAAAUAUGGAUUAUUCAGGUUCUAAAAAAAUGCUCUGAAGUUGGCACAAAAAAGUUUCCUAAGGGAAUCCUAUGCUUCUAACGGUUCAAUGGCAACGGUAGCAAAAAUUGAAAAAAAGCCUAAAAGAUUAAAAAAAACUUACAUUUUUAAAAAUAAAAAAAAACUCCUAAAACCGGUUUCGUUUUCAAAAUUUUAAUAUCAAGCAAAGUGAUUAAACAACAUCUAGAUAAUAUGUGGAUGACAAGUUCUAGAAAAAAAUUCUAUGGGAUUCGUAGAAGGAUUUCAAACAUAUUAAGGUCAUUUUACCAAAAAAAAGGGCAUAAGACUCAAGGGGAGUAUAUAAAAGAAACAUUUGUCAACUUUCAGAAAAAAAACUCAAGAAAAAUAAUGAGGUUUAUGGGUCAACAUUUAAAAACAAUGCUCUAAAUAAGAAGAUAUGCAACUAAGAAUGAACAAUAUUUGGACCCAAAACCUAUUUUGAAAUUUUUUUGCCCCAAAAGUUUUUUUUCCAAGCAAUGAAACAAUCAUGAAUGACUCCCCCCACACUAAAAAUGUGCAUAGUCCUCAAUGCAUCUAUAUGAUAUGCAAAUAAAUCAUAAUGAUAUAACCAAGAGAAUAAGCAAAGAGAAAAGGGAAUUGGGGAAUUCAACAAAUAAAAGUAUACGCAGUGUCAAUUUAUCACUUUCCUCUCCUUGAGGUGUUCGGUGGACCCAAAAUCUGCAAAAACAUGGCUAAGACCAAGUAUUUUAGCGUUGAAGAACAAAAAAAUUAGAUUUAAAGAAUGUAGAUUUUAAGCUUCAAAUUUGGUUCUGGAAACCAAUUCUUGUGCCUUUUUGUACUUUUCAAAACAAAAUGCUGCAUAUGAGAAGGUUAGUUAUGUCAUGUACGUGCAAAGCAGCUCAUAUGCAUCUAUUAAACAUCAUAAUUCAGCACAUAUGCAUCGGAUGAACUCAAAAAUCAGAUUGAACACCAAGAAAAGAUUGCAGAUUUUUUUCUAUUUCAGCACCUAUAAACUGUAAAAAGUGUUAAAUUUGCAUUUUGCACUCAAAAAAUCAGCUUACAAGUCCAAAAAUAACUUUUCAAAAUGCAAAACUUUUCAUUAGUAUCCAAAAAUCAGCUGUAAACAAUGCACAUGUCUCAAUCUUCAGCUUAAGUAUCACCAUAUUAUAACACCCAAACCUUAAGGAAAAUGAAAUUUUACAACAGAG